AUGGUGAUAACUGAUACACCAUUGGACGCAUGGGACAAAGUGUCCCUAGAUACAGUAGGAAAACUUCCGACUACAGCUAAUGAAAAUUAUCACAUCUUAACAAUGCAAGAUCAGCUUAGUGAAUAUUGCAUUUUUGUAUCAAUACAGGAUAAAAAUGCAACAACGAUAGCAAAUGCAAUAGCUACUAACCUAAUUUCAGUAUAUGGUGCACCCAAAUGUCUACUGAUAGACCAAGGAAGAUCCUUCACAAAUAAAGAUGGCUAUGUACAUGUAUAUACUGAUGGAGCUUGUAAGGCAAAUGGUAAACCCAAUGCACAAGCCGGAAUAGGAAUUUGGUUUAACCAAGAACAUCCGCUAAACAUCAGUGACAAGGCAUGUAAUAGAUAA